CAGCACUUGGAGUGCGCUUGCGCGUACAAUUGUUGUUUAUGUUUGGCGUCUUUCGAGCGGAUCAGGAGAGAGGAGGAGCCAGUUGUUCAUCAGAUGAAUUUGCAGAGUUUAUUUUAUCAUUUCAAUGCGAGCAAGUUUGUGGUUUUCUUCUCUCUACUUCUCUUCUCUAUUGUUCUGUCGUUGCGGCUUGAUGGCGUGGUGACGUGUAGCUACUGGGCGGUUUUUACGCCACUUUGGUUGUGGAAGCUGAUGACGUUUAGUGGAUGUGCUGUAGGUGUGGUGGUGUGGAGAAGAAGACCACAGAAUAGACCAGAAGCAAAGAUCGACUUCCAUGCCAUGUUGAUCAGCGUCUCCCUUCAACUUCUGAUUUUCAUAUUCGAGAUUCUUCUCUGCACCAGAUUAGAAAGUCAAUCACUCCACUGGCGAUCCGUAUUCAUUCCUCUCUUUCUGUUCGGAGUCGCUUGCAUCGCCUCGUGCGUCUGGGGAUGUCGACGCGACAGAAAUCUAGAAUUAGAAGUCUGGGGCUGCAUUAACACGCUUCAAUUUGUAUUCUUGGCAUUGAGACUGGAUGGCGUUACAUCAUGGAAAUGGAAGAUUGUCCUCAUUCCAUUGUGGAUCGAGUUGGCUCUCGCUGGCCUCGUUGUCCUCUACCUGAUUGGUUGGGCUACACUUGUUGUUUGUGGCAAUGAGGUCCUCGCCCCCGAUGGACGUCAAACCAGUGCAGUCGCUGCUCUCUUUGUAUCAGUCGGAUUCAUUUCUGCCGUCACGUUUAUGGGAUUGCUCAUCGAAAAAGUCGAUGAUAUCAAUGACCUUCCAUUUACGGGCAUAUUUGUGCCGCUACACAUAGCAAUCAUUUCCUUCCUCCUGCUCUCGUUUGCUCAGAAAGGAGGAAAUCCUUGGUGGUUUGGUAUGAGGAAGGAAUUUUGCGAUUGGCUCUUUACUGGUCUCCCCUGGCUACAGGAAUACGGCAACGUAUCAUUCACCUGGUGGAGUAACCGAGGAAGGGAAGACAACGCACGUGGUGGUGAUAUCCAUACAGAUACUCACACACAGUUUUGCUAUGAAGGUAAAUCAGCUAAGGACGCGAGCAAAGACGUUGUGAUGAAAAUCGUAUCAAUAGCAGAGCCAGAUUGAUAAAUUUUCAAACGUAUUAGAUUUAUUGGUACUACGAGAUGAGAAAGAUGUACAGACAUGAGAUGGACGUUAUAUAUUAGUGUAGCUGUGUGUAUCAUUUCUGUAUUAAGAGUCAGACAUUGAACAGAACAAUGAAUAUAGAAUCAUCAGGU